GGCAGAAGAAGGGAAGGCCCAGCAUUGCUGCUGUCUCUAUGACACAAUGGGAGGCCCAACAUUCCAUCCCUGGAGAUGCUCCAAGAGGAGCAUCCAGACCUGUGUCCAGUCAACAGAAGCGACCGGCCACCGAGCCUGACUGACCAUGGCCCUGUCAGCUCUGUGGCGCCGCUCUGUGAGCUGGAGAUCAGCCCUAACCCGGCUCGUGCAGCUCUUCCGCUCCCCCCAAACCUCCGGCACCAAAGGCUCAGCCAACCUGCCUCCACCAGCCCCACUGGCAAGCAGCCCUGGUGUUGCUCUUCCAUCAAACACUGCCCGGGGGGGGCCCCAGGGCAGUGGGAAGCCCCUGGCUGGGGCAGACCAAAGUGCCCCCCAGGGUCAACUGCAACCCUACGGCCAUCAGGGGAGUGCAGUGGCCCCGGUCCCACCAGCGCGGCACAACCAGCGCAGCCCUGACGGCUCAGUCAAUCCCUCCGGGACAGCCCUGGGCAGUGGCAGCCCCCCAGACAGGAGCACCCCCAUGGAUGUGGACGCCACCCCAGCACUUAACAUCAGCCUGGCCAGUGACGUCCCCAUGGAGGAGGACGCCCCCCGAGGCUGCGACCUCUCGCUGGCCACCGACGUCCCCAUGGAGGAGGACACCGCCCGCGGCUGCGACCUCUCGCUGGCCACCGACGUCUCCAUGGAGGAGGACACCCCCCGAGGCUGCGACCUCUCGCUGGCCAGCGACGUCGCCAUGGAGGAGGACACCUCCCCGCCCAGGCACACCACUGCCAGCCACUCAGCCGCACUCCAGGUCCAAGCCAUCAGGGACCCCGUGGUGACUCCAGCCAGCCGCACUCUGCUGCGUGGGAAGGUCCUGCCGAAGGGGACUCAGGGGCUCUUGGGUUGCUCCCCGGGGGCUGCAGGGACCAGCCGGGAUCAUGGCAGCAGCGUCCCCGUGCCCACGGACCGUGGGGGCACCAGUGGCACCAGCGGCACCAGCCCCCAGCACAAGAUCCCCUCGCUCUGCCCGCCCAAGAAGAUGCCCCAAAAUGCCUGCAGUGUCCCCAAGCCUUCCAAAGCCGUCCUGAGCACGGGGCGCUGCAACGCCAUCGGCACGAAGCCCCAGGACUCACAGCAGCGUGUGGGGACAGACCUGCCACCACCGCAGAGCAGCGUGUCCCCACACGACACCAAGCUGGAAAGGCGGGGGACAAAGAGGAAGGGGGGCUCUGAGCCAGGCGUGGCCAGCAAGAUCAAGGCCACCGCAGCUGGGGCUGGGGCAGAAAGAUUGGCUUAGGCCGCUUAAAGGGAUAGAUCGUUUGGGGAUCUAUCCCAGUUUGAGGGAUAGGUCGUUUGGGGACCUAUCCCAGGUUGAGGCAUAGAUCGUUUGGGGAUCUAUGCCAGUGGGAGGGAUAGAUCGUUUGGGGAUCUAUCCCAGUGGGAGGGAGGGAGGGAGGGAGGGAGGAAGGGUGUUUAUGUCACGAAGAUGUAGGCAAGAUGCAGAGAUAGAUGUAGACGUAGAUAUAGUUAACAGUUUUCUUCUGGUUAUGGAAUAAAAGAUUUUAUUCCAACACCUGCCUGUGUCUGCAUGGAAUGGGGAGGGAGUGCAGGGU